GAGGAAGGAGGUAGUGAAGUUUCCCCUCCCUGCAAAGUCAGACACAUCCCCUCUCUAAAGUCAGAGAGAGAGAGGCAUUUGCUGAUGAGAGGAUUGCUGCAAGGCAGAUAGUGUAGUCACAUUGUGCCUGGGCUGUGUGUAACCCCUCCUGAAUAAAGCCGCUCCAUUCCACUUCUACGAUCAAUGGAGCAACAUUGAGAAGGAACAAUUCUGUGGAUUGAAAAGCAAAAUGAGUGACCUUGCCACGCCCUCACCAGCAGAACUUCCCAAGCAUAUCCUUGAUGUCUGGGUCAUAGUCCUUAUCAUACUGGCCACCAUUGUGGUCAUGACCUCCUUGCUGCUCUUGCCAGCAGCAGCUGUUGUUAUGUACAGAGUACGGACACACCCAAUCCGAAGUAACAGGUAGCACGGUGGGAACAGAACCAAAAAUGUAUUACAGCUAUGUACAUUUGGACUGACAAUUAAUAAAAAGACAAACCACGUCAAGAACAACUAUCUAAUUUUCAGCCUCCUUUUGUAGAACGGAGGCACAAAGGAGAUAAGACUGUAGCGACUGCAUAUAUUGGGUGGUUGGAUGAAGAAGCAUGACCGCACCUGCAUUAAAAUAUAACCGGACAUCAAAUAAUUUGUUUAGUUGAAAUCCCAGUGAGCAAAUUUCCAGUUUGAAUAGAGACAUUCUUUCAGCCUUGUAUUGUGAAAUACAGAAUAGGAAGUGAAGAGAGCAAAUAAUCACCCCCUCCAUUAAAAGUGCAUGGGAAUCCACCAUUUUUCACAAGAUCCUGCUGAUAACACGUGUGUUACUGAAAAAUGCAGAACUGAGCAUAUCAAGCAAUAUAUGCCGCAAAACUGCAAGCAGCUGCUGUAUGAAAACAAGUAUUCUGUAAUAUUCACAAUAUAUGUUUAUGUAUAUAUCAACACAAACCAUUUAGGAAAACAAAGUGAGCUUAGUAGGACUAAUUUACUAGUAUAGUUGCUAUAUUGCACAAGUGCAGUUGCCCAUAGCAACCAAUCUGCAAGUGUUGAUCAAUUUUGCUACCAGUUAGAAAAUGAAAGCAAAGAACUGAUUGGUUACUAUGGACAACUGCCCUGGUGCAAUUGAGCACUUGUCUUUGUUAAUCAGCCUCCUUGUCCAUUGUAACAGGAAGCUGCCCCGAUCUCUCAUUGCAUUGCAAAUGUAAAAUACAACAUCAUUACUGAGGAAAAGUACUUGUGAAAACAUUUCAAUAAAAACCCACGCAUGUUUCACUGAC